CAAACCACUCUACGGGAUGUUUCUGUUCGGACGCUAGCAUUUGCGUGUUGGACACCGGCUGUGGUGGUACAGCUUUUCACUGUGCUGUCCGUUGUGCAUCGCUUCUCGCUACAUUGGAGCACGUCGUCUGCUAAAGGAUACCGAAGCCUUUGACUCGUCGCCUUGGGUUUACGUCUUGUGGAUUGAACCGAGCUUUGUGAAGUGUUGCAUUGCGACUGAUAUCGAGUGGAUUUCUCUUCGUAUUUUCGAUAGUGUUUUCUGCUGGACAUUAAACAGCCUAGUGGUUCUUAUUCGUGGAUCAAACUAUUGACGUGCUGGCCAUGACCACUUCUUGAUGAGACGAAAGAAGUCAAGUAGGUUGAAUGGAUUUAUCUCUGGCUCCAUCGAUACCACUGCUCUGCGCUUAUCGGCUGAGCUCUGUGUUUUCGCCGAUGUGGGUGAAGAUGCCAGCAGCCGAUUCUCCCGAAUCCAGAUAAGGCGUAGAAGCACGAAGAACUACAAGUCUCGCGGAUCCGCCAUUCCAACAGAGAUCGAGCAAGGCGGCUUUCGUCGCUCAUUAAGCUUUCGCCUGUCCAGCUCUGCGGAUGCAAGCAUGGCCGGCAGUGAUGCUAGUAUCUACCUGUCAGCGGUACGCUGGGGCGAUGAGGGCAUCUCUUUUCAAGACUUCCUUCGCCGGUUUCCUCAGCCUCAGGUUGCCCGCGUCAUUCGCGGGCAACACGGUCACGUGGGCGUUCCAUCCCUCGCAUCUCCUGGCCUCAACAGCAUCGUCUUUCUCGCCCGUGGAGGCCCCAGGCUCAGGGUUACGGCCCAGUGCGUGAAAUUCAAAGAAAACCGUCGGGUCGUCACGGUCGGCCCACGACUUGGCAUUGCUGGAAACUUCCGCGGCUGGUUCGAGAUUCUCUCCGAAGAUGGAAGAGCCUCACGCUGUUACGAAAGCGUGGCGGAACUCCUUCGCCGCCUUCCAGACACAUGUCUUGUUCGCGAGCCCGUCAAGGCACACCUAGCUCAUCCCGAGAAACCAGAGACUGUCACCGACAAGACCAGGACGCUUCCUCAGGGUGAGACUCUGGUUCUGGUGCGUGAAGUUAGAGCUUCGCUUGGAAGGUUGCGACCCACGCCUGGAAGGUUCCUGCGCUGCUUGACGUCUUCAGGAGACACGGUGUACUUGGCAGCUGAGGUUAGGGGGAAGUUCUCACCGCUCGCGAAAGAGGGGAACAUCUCCGGUGUUCACACAGUGAAGACAUUGCUCAGCAAGAGGUUCCCCCUUAUGGUACGUCUUGUACACAGCAAACAGACGACGGGACUGAAGACGACCGAAAUGAGGUUGCUUUCGGUCGAGAAAGAGGAAUGCGUGAUGGCCUUGCCCCUCAUGAAAGACGCUCCACCGGUUAUGCUCUCGCCAAGCGCGACGUUGAAGCUUCAGGUGCCCAAGAACGGCGACGUCCUUCAAAAGCUCCCGGAGUACUUGCGGUUAACCCAGAGAUGUGAGGGUCUGAUGGAGCAAGCAACCGAUAUAAUUGACAUCUUGGACAGCCAUCCGAAGGACGCACCUCGAGUACCGCCUCAUCGAAGCAUGUCCGAACCGAACGCGAAGUGUCGACCAGAAACAAUUGAGCGAGGCAUGUCUGAACCUGCUCCUGACGACGAUCGGUACGAAGAGAUCGACCAGAUUUACGACUACGUCCGAGGCUUCGCUCCGCUUCCCGAUAAAAUCAAAGUAGAACUGCAACAGCAAACAAACGGAGUGGAUGUCUCGAAGGCUCCCCACCAGGAACCACCGCGUGGAGAAAAACCUCUUCCUCCACCCAUCGAGACAAUUCCGGCCCGAAGGUUUUCUCUCGCGACCGAUCCGGGAGUAGGACCCACAUCGCCCCCACCUAUCGUACUCAAGGCAGCCCGUGUCAGGGACACAGAGUCUCAUAUCUACGAAGCUGUCAUACGAAGGGUCGAAGAUAGAAGCAAGCUCAACAGGAUUCCAGCCAAAAUACCGCAGAAACCGCCAAACAACAAGCUCUUCGUCAAGAGCAGCCAUCCCAUGCGGAACGGCAAGCCUCGUCUUCUGCGACAGAUCCGUCCUCCGGUGCUCCUUAAAGACGGUCCGCCGGUUCCAGUCGUCAUUCCGCAACAGAAGUCAUCGGUGCGCACGAAGAUCAGCCGCUGCUCGAAGUCCACAGUGACGACCUCUCCGCUCUUCAACAUUCGCUACAAGUCGAUGACCAACCUGGCAGUGGAAUUCAACGACACCCUGGACUCCAGCAACUCUGGGGGUGGCAGGACGUCGUCUGGCGGAUCCGGAGGCUCAAAGGGGUCACGCGAUCGGAAUGGCAACGUGCCCCAAAAGUUGUCCCGUCCCAAGUCCCUGAGCAACCUCUUCUGGGACGUCGAGGCCAACAACAAAUACAACUUGAUGCAUAGUGAAAUGAAAACGAACCAAUGCAUUUACGUGGCUGACGUGCCAGCUAAGGUGAUCGCGCGACCGCCUGGUUCAAAAAGGGUGGGGACCUUGUACCUGUGAACUAGUGUUGUGUGUGUACUGGUGUGAACGUGUGUAUAUUGGUGAGAUGAACAGGAGAGAAGCCGUGUGCAUCACGACUACUUUUCGUGGCUUGUCGCAGAACCCUGUUCGUGAGUCUGCUGUUUCCACGGACACGAUGAAAUCCCUGUAAGAUAUCUGAACCAGAACACGAAAGAACGGUUUUCUGAAUGGAAGUCCGGUGCUUAGGUCUGCAGUUUGAGUUGUCUUUGUUUUGCAAACGUGACAUUUUUUUUAAACCUGUGUAACUGAUGUUAAGGCUAAGCAAAGAAGGUGGGAUUUUGAUUUGGACAUAGUAAGUCCUAUUGGGAAGCCGGAUAUUUUUUUCUCAUGCAAAAAAAAAAAAAAGAAAACCUAUCAGGAACAUGAUAUCGCAAAAAGUAUGCUUUCCUCAUUGUCAAAUUCAGCGCUACCGUAACAGACAAGGCUGGGCACUGAAUAUGAGGAGUAGGUCUCAUGUGUUGCGUGGCUUGUAGCAUGCCAAUUUUUCUACUAUGGCUGUUUCCAGCACUACAUCACUUCCAAGUGAUAUUUUGUACAUAAUUAUAAAUAUAACAAUGUGCACAAUAAGGCACCUCUGCUUGUGGGAUCGCGCUCAAAGUGAAUAACACGCAAUGAUUAGUAACGCGUAGUACCUUAAGCAUACUUACUUAGGGGGAACGGUCCAGACGCAAAGUCAUUCCAGCUUCUGGACCAGAUUCCCUUUUUUUUUUCGUUCAGUCAACAAGGGCUGCGGAGUGAGCCUACUUUUUGACAGUGUUUUAGUCAGACAUGCGUCAAAUGGGUCAGCCGGACAUGCUUAUCUUUGCAAAUAUUUACAAGGUUGCCAUACUUUGUUGUUAUACCAGCACGAAGCAGUGACACAGCAGUUAUCUCGUGUACGUGCAAAUGGCGCCUCUUGCAAAAUUAUCAAUUGAAAGUUGGCAGCCUUGAGCAUGUGUGUUCCUCGUUAAACUAUCUAUCAAUGUGAAGUGAAGUAUAGAGUGUUCUAGCGUCCUUAUAAAAGUGUUCAAAAAAUAAAUAAAAAUACAAAAUAAAAAUCGUAGGGGGGGGGUGUGAGUGUGGUGCUGACUCGAAACAAAGAAAUUCUGGGUUACCCGAUCCAAGGUGGUUGGUGUGAAAUAAUUGUUAAAAUUAUAAAUGUUUCUUCAGUUUUUUGGUUUUUUUUUUACUAUUUACAUUGAACAGAAAUCACGAAACGCCCGAGAAUUGUCCUUUUACAAAUACACCCCCUAGUAAAAAUGUGCACACAUUGUCCGUGAUUACUUGUCAGAUAUGUACCACUUCCCUGUCAUCCGAACGUGUGACUGACUUCAUGUCCUGUAGUCGCCAAAACCAACGCCAUGUUUACGACCAAUGACCUGUGGCCCUUCCAAUGACCAAUGGUCACGAGACGCGUCCAAUGAACAUGUACGGUGCCAUUGUAAGUUGACGGCGGUGACGCGUUGUUGCUCAUGUGACCUUUACGACUAGUGUAAUAAAGAUUUCCUGAAAAUCACA